AAAAACUUGCUAUGAAAUUCUUGGCGUUAAUAGAAAUUCUUCCAUAAAAGAGAUUUCUAGAGCUUUCCGGCAGAAACAACUAUUAUUCCAUCCCGAUCGUAAAGAUAAUCAGGUUGGGGAAGUUAACUCGAACGAGUUAAAGAAAUAUAGAAACCUUUUGGUUACUGCUUAUGAAACACUUAAAGAUAAUGAAAAGCGAAAAAGAUAUAAUUUUUUGCUUGACCAUCCGGAAGAACUUCGGCGUGAAAUGAUCUUAAAGUACGGCUAUCGCUACAAAGUUCAUGCAAACUCAAUAGUAAUUGUGAUAUUACUCGUUUUUCUUUUUUCGGCUGCUCAAUAUUAUCUCGUGAAUAAUAGUGUUGAACUAAAUUUAAAGCAAUUUCUAGAAAAUGAACGCAUUCGUAAUCGAUAUGUUCAGAAGGCUACUGAGCUCGGUUACGGAAGUCGCGUGCAGGAAACAAAAGGAAAGCUUAUUGAAAAAAAUAAACUAAAGCAAGUUUUAAUAGACCUCUUUGGAACUGAAAUUUGUGUGGAAGCUGGAUGGAAGAAAAUUAACUGGAAAGACUGUUUGUGGAUGUCCCUGAUAAAAAUACCGCUAGUCUUGCCGACUUUCUUAUGGGAAAAAACAAACUGGAUAUAUAAAUACUACAUAUUGAAGUUAGAUUAUGACAAAGCUGAAAAAGAACGACAGACGAAGAAAAUAUUAAAGAUGUCCGAUGAAAAGUGGAAUAGUCUCCCUAAACAAGAAAAGCAAUCGUAUAUCAACAUGAGAUUAUGGUUUCCAGGGAAUUAUAAAGUUUACUGCCAAAAAGAAAAAGAGCUAGCCGAGCGAGAGGUACUCGGGAGCGCAGCUUUUAAAAGAAAAAAACAACUGGAAAAAAUUGAAAAAAUUCGAGCUAGACAUUAA